UACAACUUUUUUUUUCUUUUUUUUCUUACAGCAGCUGCCUUUCAGUAUGACAAUGGCAGCGACCAGAGCAAAUCCCUCAUGAACUUUCUCAGACAUUUUAAUCAGAAUCGUCAUCACGUGGCUAACCCUGAAGGAAAACAGAAAGCACGUGACUUUAUCACGAAAACAUUCAAAGACCUCGGCCUAAUCACGUGGUCAGAGCCAUUCAAACCAGAUUUCCCUCAGGUGAGAUUUAAACUCAGUUUUUAUUGAAUACGCAUUGAUGGUAAUGAUGACUUUUGUGUAUAGGCAAAAAACGUCUUUUUGUAAACACGGCGGCAACACAUUCGAGAUACAUAUUCAUUCAGCGAAUAAUCAACUAAAUGAUGAGGCAAUCAGAACCCUGGAUUAAAUGUUGCAUUGUGCAGGUUGAUUCACAAUAAACCGUUAGUUAGACUUUCUCCAAAACAUCUACUUGUUCCACGGUAGUUUAUUUUAAGAAUGAAUUCUUGUUCUUGCAGAUAUUCUUCAAAAAGGAGUUGAGAUCCCUCGGGUGAUAUAUUUUGCGUAUUCUUGCUAUCCUUUUUAGUCAUUAGUGAACUCGUUCUCAUUUGCUUAAGUUCCCGCGCACUACCAAAACAGUUUUAAAAGUUGCCAAGCCGAUGAUUUGCGUUACGUCCAAUUAUAGUAUUAGUGCCUUUAGUGACUGACGUGAGCCAUGGAAUAUCUAAUUCAUUUUCCAAAUUUGGUCAACCCCAGGUGGAAAAGGCUAUUCACAAAUGGAAAAAUAUUUUGAAUAAGAGAGAGUCGGACUGUAAACUAUAAAAACUAUACAGUCGACUCUCUCUUAACAGACACCUAGUACAAGACGGACACCGAGAACCGUAAAACGGCGGAUACCUAGAGUUGGUCCCUGCAAGUUAUCCCUUUUAUUUGACUCUCUAUAAGACGGACAUCAGGGGUCUGAGACGGUCACUUACUUCCGGUCCCAAAGGUGUCCAUCUUACAGAGAGCUGCCUGUAUUAUAAGCAACAUAGUCAAGAACCUUUUCUUUUCGUAGUAUGCUACUGGAGUCAACAUAAUUGGAAUGCUCUCUGGUACCCUUGCUGGGUCUUCUGAUGACAGGCCGUUUCUGAUUGGUGCACAUUACGAUACAAUGCGCACUACGGCACAUGGUGCUAACGACAAUGGCUCAGGCGUGGCUGCCAUGUUACAAGUUGCAAAACAAAUGGCUACAAGUAAGUUAACAAUUUAUUGCGAGUUUGCGAGAUCCGUAUUUCUAAUUGAAUUAUUGCGGGAUUAACACUACCCCUGAAAAUCCUGGAAAUCUUGUGGAUAUUAAAACUAUUUUCUUCUUGCGCUGGAAAGCGCCAUUAAAAAUUCUCUUUAUUCUACCUCCUUGGACAUUUCUGAAAGUUAAAAAAAUGCCGUCGUAGUGCACCUGGUCAGUGUCUCUUAACCAAAAUUAAUUUUUUUCUCUGUCAAUAUACGGCAUCUAGAAUUUGAGUUCUGGUCCCCAGCAUUUAAGCCUAGAACGGCUCCUAAAAUUUUAUCUUAACAUUUCGGUCCUUCUAAGUUGCACGCACCUGGAAACUGAGACCGAAAAAUAACAUACUAGGUUUAUUAUGUGGGGUGCGUCCUGCAUGCUGCUAAGAUCACCAAUGUCAGACAAGAAUGCACUUUACGGUGAUGAAUAAAAUAUUUAUAAAAACUAAUAAAGAUGGUCAACUUUAGUUUAAACUUUGUAGUUAACGAGAAAGGGCCGUCAAGUCACGGAUACGUUGUUUUGAAAAAACCGGUAGCCCACAGUCUGUGGCCGUUCUUGUGAGACCUUUUUGGGAUUGUUAUGUGAAGCUUUCCCUAUGAAUUGUCACUUGCAAUUCCUGUAAUUUGAAUAAUUUUCUCUUUUUAAAACAGAUUUCCAAAACCUUGCACGCAGUUUUAGUGUCCUGNUGAGAAAGGGCCGUCAAGUCACGGAUACGUUGUUUUGAAAAAACCGGUAGCCCACAGUCUGUGGCCGUUCUUGUGAGACCUUUUUGGGAUUGUUAUGUGAAGCUUUCCCUAUGAAUUGUCACUUGCAAUUCCUGUAAUUUGAAUAAUUUUCUCUUUUUAAAACAGAUUUCCAAAACCUUGCACGCAGUUUUAGUGUCCUGUUUGUGGCGUUUGAUUUCGAGGAGUGGGAAAAUUGUAACGAUACAACGAACUACCCUAAAUGCGCUUGCGGCGAGAUAGACUGUGGAAGCAAAGCGUUUGUUGCAAACUUCACACGCUUUUACAACGGCUCUUUAAAAUCAAACGGAAAGCUUCAGGGAGCGAUAAUUAUGGACACUGUGAUGAACUAUAACAACACUCCAAACUCGCAGAUUUUGCCACCAUCAACGGAACGGUUAUUGCCAGAGGUUUAUGGUAAAAUCAAGGCCGAUGGAUUUCGUGGAGAUUUUCUUGCUGUUGCUGGUCGGUCGGUGGAUGAUGCGGCCUUGAUGAAUGCGUUCUGGUAUCAUUACGGCCGAGUGAAAUCUGGUAAGAAACAGAUCGCGCAUGGAAUUUUAUACGAAGUCGCUGACUAGGUACCUGGCCCGGGUUGCUCGAAGCAUGGUUAGUGCUAACCAGCGUUAAAUACCAUGGAAACCUAUACAAUUUGAUACCUCUUAACCAACGGUUAGCGCUAACCAGGCUUCGAGCAACCGGCCCCUGUAUGCUUAGUUUAUACACAGAUAUGUUGAUUCGGCUAUUUAGCAGCUAAAAACUCCUGGAGCGCAUUACUCAAGCACUACCGACUCCGGUACCAUCGAGUUCUGACUUGCAGCAAAGAUAAUAGAUUUAAAAAGUAUUGUCUCUAAAAGGACGACGUACUAGUGCAAGCCGCGCCUUUGCUAUUGAGAAAAAUGUCAAGGGUUUUGUCCCCAGCAUUCAGUUAAUUUCAGUGAUUCGAAUUUAAUUGAUUGCACAGAAACGUUUCUGAUACUUGACGUCUCAAAAUAAAAUAAGCGGUACAAACAGUUAUUUUCUAGUUAUUCAUACUUGAGUGAAUGAAGCUCUAUUUGAAAAUCUCGGCUUUCUCAGUUCAGUCUCUUCAGACAAUCCACAUAUUUUACUGAUUUCUGAGUCCUUUUUACACUUAGUUUUUAAACAUCAGCAUGUUAGGUGUGCCUCAAAACUCCGUGAAAAAAAAAAACAAACAAAGCUCUCCCCUUUAAGAUGUUUCUAUACAGUUGUUCAGAGGCCAUACCGAUAUUUUUCAAUCGCCUUAAAAGUGGUUUUUUCCUUGUCUGAUCGCUAGUAAAUAGACCUUGUCACGGUUUCGACGCCAUCUUGACGAGUAGGCAAACGUGGGAGAAAUUACAGUAUUUGUAUGAAAAUCUAUUGUCGAAUAAUUUCGGUAAAACGGCCGUUCUGAAAAAAAUUUUAAUUGUAAACUAAAGCUACAAAGCAAAGGAUUGACCUAAAAAAAUUUGGGGGUGUACCUGUGCUAAAUUUCUCCAGAGGCUUGCUUAAGAUUUACCAUAUAUUUGUCUGUAAUUUUCCGGGGACUUUCUUACAGACAAAUGUAUACGAAAUUUAAAAAGUGGUUCUAGGUCUUCUGGUGCAUGUAACGUCCUCAAAUUUUUUCAGUAGAGUCCUUAGGAAUGAAGCUUUAGGUUACAAGUCAUAUUUUUUUCAAAACAGCCAUUUUACGGAAAUUAUUCGAAAUUAUAGAUUCUCAUACAAACACUGUAAUUUCGCACGCGUUUGCCUACUCGUCAAGAUGGCGUCGAAAACCGUGACAAGGUCUAUUUUCACCUGUAAUUGACUAUGGAUUGAAAGUUGUGAAAAUGUAAUUUUAAGUAAAAUCGAUCUUACCAUGACAACAAUAAACAAAAAAAAUUUGAAAUUGAUAAAAGCCCAAUUCUGUGCGAUCUAGACCAGUUACUGAAAAUCCAACACUAGGAACUUAAAGUUUGGUGUUUAGCAAACAAUCUCCGUGAGAAGUAAAAAAUUCUGUAUGUUUGAAUUCGAAUAAAAGAACAAUAUGUUUCAAACCUUAAGUUUUCAAUAGCCGUGAUAGAUUAUUUUAAAAAAACCUCAUUAAUGACUCAAACUAUUCUUAAGUCUAAGUAGCGUCAGAAUGCUGCUUAAUAUCAUACUUGAUGCUAGGAAAUUUUGGUGUAUUUUCGUUCUUGCGAUCUUGAAAACCAACCCGUUUUCUCAUCACCUCUAGGAGUGCACCUUCAUUCAAAAUUUGGACUUUUAGAGCUUUUUUGUAUAUCUCUGAAACGACUCGAACUAAUUUUUUUUUAAAUCUCUUCACAUAAUCUGUAUAAUGUGUUUUAUAAGGUCUUACACUUUCAUUAAGAUUGAUUCUCUGCAACAUCUUAAAAUUUCAAGACAAACUUAUCCUACAAACAUGUCAGAACUCUGCGUUACAACAUUCACUGUUUUGACGUUGUGCUAAUUUUUCCAAAAUAAUGCGAACUAUACAUACCUCCAUGACUACUACAUUUAUAGUUUGAAUUUAUCGCAUCUUUUGAAUGUAAAACAUUGACAAUACUCACGCUGAAAUGUACCAAUUUUUUACUUCUUACGGGGGUUAUUUGCUAAACACCAAACUUUAAGUCCCUAGUGCUGGAUUUUCAGUAGCUGGUCUAGAUUGCUCAAGUUUCCCCUUUUAUCGACUUCGUCUCGGGUUUGCAUCGCUGUCUCGAAUUCUCCCAACCCCUCGAGUGUUUAUCUCAGGCUGUACAAACACAGGAAAAAAGUUUUCUAUUGCUUUUAUAAAAUAGCUUUCCCGAGAAAACGGAAACCUCUUUGUUAUGGCACUGAUUAAAAGAGAAAUUCUUACCAGUCGCAAAGUCGUGUACACGAAGGCUUGCACGCGUAAUCAGUUCUUGUUUUGCAAAAAGAUGCUUUCCAAAAUACGGAUUUUUCUCACUUAAAAUGUCAGCUUAAGCGAAAACAAAGUUGACACCCCUUGUUUGUAAAGGUGUCCCAAGUUUCAGCCGACGAAGGAAUGUGUAAAUAAAAUAAACUUGUCGAGUUUUGAACUCAAAAACUUUUUCAAAUUUGCGCUUGCGUGAUUAGCGCGCGAAAAGCAAAACAUCUUGACGUCACAACCAUGUUUACAUGCUCUCAUGCAAACACUCCUCUCGGCCAAUCAGAGCGCGCGUACUAUCUUAGUUAUUUUAUAAAUCGGUAUGGCCUCUGAAAAACUGUAUCGAAACACCUUAAGAAUGAUUCUAUUUUUUCAGGAGCCCUGUUUUUGUGUGAUUUAAGAUUAAAGCUGUUUUACUAUUUAUUUGUCGUUGUUGUUAUCAGCUAAGUGAUAUUUAGGUGGUCAUUACUUUUCUUCUUCCUUCGCGCAUAUAGCACUAGGGGAUAAAACUUCAAUGUAUCCAGUAAAUCUCCCAUUCCAUGACCAGCCAGACAAGCUUCCACCCUUUUGGUAUUAUGCUUUGGAAGACUUUUUGAGAAGCGACCACGUGUCAUUCUGGAACAACGAUCCGUCCAUGAGCGCCAUCUUCCUGAGUGACACUGCUGACCACCGAAGCUACAUGGUAUCUUGUUACCACCAAGACUGUGACAAUAUCGAUAGGGUGACAAGUGAAAUGCUCCAAUUCUUACAGAAGACAUCUGACUCCAUAGUAGCAGUGGCCAAUGAUGUUACCAAGCUGUCAUGUCCACAGAGCGGAACAAUAAUCCAUAGCUAUAGCGACAACUCAGGUAUUUUAUACACAGAGUAG